AUGAACUAUGAAAAGAUCCCAACACAAGCUCUAAUAGAACCAGCAGGUCAAAAGUUAAAUAAUAUUGUUGCUGCAUAUAUAAGUAGAGAGCUCUUGACAAUCAAAAUCCUCAACAAAAUGGCUUCCCCUAAGUUGCUUUGCCUUUCAACUUGCUUUUGCAUUUGGCUAGUGAUGGCUAAUGCACAAGCACCAGCAGCAUCACCAUCUACACCAACCACGACACCUCCACCUACUACCACACCAGCUGCAGCAUCACCCCCGCUUUCCACUACGCCUGUUGCACCGUCAAAGCCACCAGCAGUUUCGGCAGCACCUCCAACGGUACCUCCUCCUGUAUCAGUACCUUCACCUAAAGUGGCCCCUGUCUCCGCCCCAACGACCCCACCACCACAACCUCCACCAACUCCACCUGUCUCGAGUCCAUCAAAACCACCAGUGACGCCACCACCGGCUCCGGUUGCUUCUCCACCAGCAAUCCCUCCAGCUUUACCUCCGCCCAAAGUAGCCCCAACACCAGCACCAAAACCACCGUCACCAGCACCUGUAUCACCACCAGUGUCUCCGCCUAAGGCCCCACCAGCACCAACACCUGCCACACCUCCACCAGCUGUGGUAUCACCAGUACCACCGCCAGAGUUAGCACCCGCACCAGCACCAGCUCAUGGCAAGCACAAGAGAAAGAAGCACAAGCAUAAGCACCAUCACGCGCCAGCACCUGCACCAACUGUGCCAAGCCCGCCAGCACCACCUACAACUGUCACAGAUUCUGCGGAUGUGACACCAGCACCAUCUCCUACUCUGAAUUUGAAUGGAGCAACGAUUUUACUGCAAGGAAGCAGAUCUAGAAUGUGGGCGAAUGCUGGUUUGGCGAUGACUAUUCUUUUGGCCAUCGUAAUCUGAGUUACCCAUUACAUGAAAAGCUAUAUGUUUCAUUACCAGAAAGAAAAUUUUGAAUUGAGAUGGGAGUAUGGGACUAAUUAUGUGUUUAGAGGAAAAAUAAUUGGAAUAUGAUUGUCAUUGUUUGUUGUUAUCUCAUUGAUAUUCUUUUCAUCCAGAUAUUUACAUCAAUGUAAUUGAUUUUCUCUCA